AGAUGUGCAGUGCAGGAUGUCGAUGCCGGUGCAUGCUGGGAAAAAAGACACCGUCUGCUGCCACCUAGUGAACCUCUUGACACGAUCCAUUCCACGUAACUGAGUUCAGGAAGUUCAUCAAACCCAUAAACUGUAGCUGGAGACGUGAUUUUACAGCUCCAUCUAUCGACACUCGUCUAUUAAUGAUACACAGAUCAUUUAGGAAGUGAACAGUCUUUUCUGCAAUCUGAUGUCCUUUUGUUUCCAGUCUCCAGCGUUUGGAAGAAUGUAAUAAACCCGUGGUUUCAACUUCUUCACCUUUGACAGUCUCUGGAGCAGGACCGAGUUCCACUUAAAACAUUAUCACCUGGUGAGAAAUGCAAAUGGCGGAAACACGUGGUGACAGGUAAAGCUGUUCAUUGAUUGAUUCAUCGUCGUCAUGGUAACCACUGUCAAGCCUCGGAAAUCUCGCGAGACUUUGUUGGACAGGAUAAUUUACAUCAUAUUUCAUUAUAAAUCUUGACUAUAGCAGUACACCCACUAACCGUACAAUACAUUUGUUCAUGUUUGCUCGUUUCUUCUUCCUUUUAUUUGCAUGAAAGUUCUCUAAACGUAGGUAUCGCGAGAUAUCGCGUAAAAUCGCGUCACGUGACUUGGAUGGAGAAUGGAGGGGUGUCGUCCGGGAAGACGAGCCACGUGACGUCGAGCUGUUGCCAUGGAGAUUUGGGUUGACUGAUGCACCUUGCGGAAGCGUGUGGAGCGGAGUCAGAGGUCAGUCCCUUCAGCUGCUGUGAGACGGCACAAUGCAGUUCAUUCCUCCUGUCAGCAAAAACAGGAUCGUAUCUACAUUUCCCAAGUGUUAUAAUCCACAAGCAUGUCUGCAGAUGAAGGAGGACUGGAGCGCUGAAGCUAAACUCGCUUUUAAAGACCGAGCCACCAGACAGCAUGGAUCGAAGAUGUCUAAAGUGGUGGUGGUGGGAGACCUGAACGUAGGGAAGACCUGCUUAAUUAACAGGUUCUGUAAAGACGUCUUCGAUCGCGACUACAAGGCCACCAUCGGGGUCGACUUCGAAAUCGUGAGAUUUGAACUGUCAGGGCUUCCGUUUUCUCUUCAGAUCUGGGACACGGCAGGCCAGGAGAAGUUCAAAUGCAUCGCUGCAGCGUAUUACAGAGGAGCUCAGGUCAUCGUCGCUGUAUUCGACAUGACGGACAUUAAAACGCUGGAACACACGAAGCAGUGGCUGAUCGAAGCGCUGAACGAGAACGAACCCAACUCCUGCUUUAUUUUCCUGGUCGGAACCAAAAGAGAUCUGAUGUCUCCAGAGGAAUGCCGGAGGACAGAGAGAGAUGCGGUAAAGAUGGCGGAGGAGAUAAACGCAGAGUUCUGGUCCGUCUCGUCCAAAACAGGAGAAAACGUGCAGCAGUUUUUCUUCCGUGUGGCUGCUCUGGCUUUCGAGGACUCCGUGGUGAAGGGGGCGGAGCUCUGCAGCGGCACAGCACGGAUUGGAGACGUCAUUAAGGUGGAUCACACUUCGGUGCGUUCUGAGGUGAAGGCAGAGAGGAAGAGCUGCUGCUGAUCUGAUGGAGAAGCUCCACACUGUAUCACGCUGAAGAGCUCAGACUCUUGAUUAUUUUAAAGGGAAAAACACAGAAUCAGUCACACACACACACACACACACACACACACACACACACACACACACACACACACACACACACACUGUACUGCUGAAGUGUUUCCUCCCUCAGUAUUGUGCUGCUUUAAUCACUGCCGCUGUAGAACUGAAUAGAGGGAAGAAAACACACACGACUGCCGCUUCACCACAUCACUACUUUCUUUCAGUAUUUUGUUGUAAAAGAUUGUAACUGAGCAGCUGUUUGAAGUCUUGUGAUCAGAUAUUAACGUGAAUUUGCAUUAUUUUACCUUUUUUACAACAUUAAAGGAAGAGUACUGUUUCUCUUU